AUGGCCAAUAAAUUUGCGGAUGUUGAGAAUUUGUACAAAACGUGCAAAGAUCUCAAACGUGAGGAUAUUGAAGUACUUCAAGAGUGGUUAAAGAUGCAACCACAUUUACCACAGAUUACAGAAUUACAGUUGAUCCUGUUUUUGCACAGUUGCUAUUACAGCAUCGAAGCAGCAAAGAAAUCUAUCGAUAACUUCUACACGGCACGUACUCAUUGUCCAGAAAUCUUCAAAAACCGCGAUCCUCGUAAAUUCAUCAAGCAAUGCGAUCAUUUUUUUAACACGACGUUACCGCAAUUAACACCAGAAGGAUACGGCAUGAUUUAUGGACUGCUAAUUAACACUGAUCCGAAGAACUACAAUUUCGAAAUUAGCAUGAAAACGUGUGAUAUGCUUAUGCAUCUGUGGCUGCAGGAGGUAGGAUGUAUACAAGGUCACGUUGUGCUCGUUGAUUUCGCAGGAAGUUCGUUUGGUCAUUUCACAAGGAUCAACUUGAUGACACUUAAGAAAACUCUGCAAUACUUUCAGGAGGGUUUUCCGUUUCGUUUGAAAGCCAUACAUUUUUGCAAUCCACCGACGUUCUUGGACUCAGUCAUUAGUUUAAUAAAACCGACCAUGAGUAAAGAAUUAUUUAACAUGAUUCAUGUCCAUCAAGGAAAAUCCAUAACAAACAUCAUCCCAGCUGAUAGACUUCCUGAGUCAAUUGGUGGAACUGUAUCCACCAAAGAAUUGCACGAGGAUUUCAUCAAGAAAUUGUUGGAAAAUGCAGAUUAUUUUGUCCAGGAUGAAAAGAACUGCGUGGACGAAAGUAAAAGGCAAGAAAAAGCCAAUGGAAGCGCUUUCUUUGGAGUUGAAGGAACGUUCAAGAAGCUAGAUAUAGAUUAA